AUGAUUGUCAAUGUAGAAAAUCUCAAGAAAUCAACAACAACAAACCGCCUAAAACUAACAAGGUGCGGAGGCGGGGUCCCCGAGCUGAAGCUGGGAGUGAGCGGCGCGCAGCCGAGCUCCCGCCCCGCCCUCGGCCGCUCCGGAGCCGGUGCAGCGUCCUCACCGCGUGGCCGGCGAGUGAAAGGCGUGGGGACUGCCGCUCCGGCAUUCCGGACGGCCACAGCGCCUGGCCUCGGAGAAGAGCAGAACUUUGAACUAGCAACAUUUUUGGUCAAUGGGAUAAUCUCCCUCGCUUUGGCUCUCGAUUAUGAGUUAAAGCCCUGCACUGUUUUCCCUCCCCCGAACCUCUCGCGCUGCUGGCGGGAGCCCUCCCGCGCGCCGGAGCGCAGAGCAGAGGCUGCCGAGGCCUCCAGGGGCGGGAGGCGGCCGCCGGCCGGUCCUCCAGGAGCCCGCGCCCCGCUGCGCGGGAGUCCGGGCCCCGGAGGUGGAUGGCGCUAG